AUGCAAAAUCAAGCUGUAAACUCUGAAAAUGUCGUUGUCCCUUUGAGCGUCGUACGCUGGUUCUUCCAGCGCGAGCAAGAAGAUGCUCACUCAAUCACCAACCUUCGAAAGUAUAUUUUAUCUCUCGAAAGCUCGCUGCAUACUUCAGGGUGGAGAAUGCAGCAUGUCGUCGUUGAAAAGAAUGCCCUAUCCGCGCAUUACGACCAGCUACACCGGGACUAUUUGAAACUUUUCGAAGCCUACGAGCACCUUGAGAAGCGAAUCAACUAUGCCGGACUAGGAAUCACAGAUCUUCCCCCAAAAGAGCGCCUCACGUCUGAGGAUAUCAUCACCGAGAACGCAUGA